AUGUUUCGUCCACCAAUAUGUAAAAGUAAUAAUUGCCUUUCACCACAUAUAAAACCAUCAUCAAAUAAAAAAAUUAAGUUAUAUAGUUGUUUAUCAAUAAGUUCAAAUCAACCUCGUUCAAUGACGGAUUCAAAAUGUGUAAAAAUAUUAAAUUUAGAUAAUUUUACAAUAAAUCAAUCAUUUGAUGAAACAAUUCAUAUACCAUUAGUAAAACAAUUUCGACAAAAUACAACAUUUUAUAUACAUUUUUAUAUUUAUCAUGGUAUUGAUCCAUUUCAAGAUCGAACACAUAUUUAUCGUCAACGAUUAAUAUCAAAAUAUCUUAUUCCACAACAAAAUUUUAUGAAUCUUUUACAAGAAAAAUUACCUUCAAGUCUAACUGGUAUUAAUGAACAAAAUCAAAAUAAAUCAAUCAAUAAUUCAUCGGAUAUACCUAUAACUCAUAUUUUAAAAAGAAUUAUAUUUCAUGGUGUUAAUCAAGAUAUUAUAUUUGAUAGAUUCGACAUUCCACCAGAACUUUAUCAUUUAAUGACUCUAUAUUCUCAAACAACUUAUGGUCCUUUGAUUAGUUUGGAUGAAUUAACUACUCGACUUCGAGAUUAUCAAGCAAGUUAUAUUUAG